AUGAUUGUGGCGGGGCUCCUAUUUGCUGUCCUGCUAACUUGUGCGCUGGCUGAUUCUGACUUACUUGUGGAACAAUCGUCACCUGAUGUCACUUGCGAUGAGGAAAGCGUGCCGGUGGCGGCGAGCUUUGCCGCCCAACACAUCAACAAGCAUCACAAGCACGGCUUUAAGUUCAAACUACAGGAGGUCCAGAGCAGCAAAUAUCAACAGUUUUCUGGUGGUUGCCACAUUGAUGUGAACUUGAAGCUGGUGCAGACAAAGUGUCACUUCACCAACCCUACACCUUACCACCAAUGCGAACUGUGGCGAAGGGAUGAGCGAGGUGCAAUGGCCAGCUGCAGUGUGGAGUUUUGGGUCAUGUGGGGUGUUGCCAAAAUCACUAAAUACGACUGCACCACCAGACCAGAGCGCACCAAUGAUGAGAUGCAGCUGAUUUGUCCCUCCUGCCCCAAGUUGUUACCUCUGGAUGACCCAAUUGGGGUGAAUGCAGUGGAGCAGGCAGUGCUCAGAUUCAACCAAAAGGGCAAACAACAAAGUUACUUCACCCUGUUGGAAGUGGCUCGGCUGACUAGCUGGAACGUGGCAGGCAUUGGCAAAAUUACCUGGCUUAAGUUCGCCCUGGUGGAGACCAUGUGCCCCAAGGAGACCAAGAACACUCGGACCUGCACGCCUCGCUGCCCCAACAGAGCUAUUCAUGUCUUUUGCCAAACUGCCUACUUCAACACAUACAAUCAAGUGGGAGAACUAGCUUGUGAAGUCUAUCCACCGAAAAAUUUGGAGCCUCUGCCAGAAGGUGAAGCAGAACCUGUAUGUGGUCCCUUAUUCCACCAGAGUCCUGAAGCUUGUAUUUGCAAGGAAAGGCUGAAAAAGCCAGAGUUGUCCGUCCACCAUAUUUGUCCUUUCCCCUCUUAA